GGAUUCGCUACCGUUUGUCGGGGUCCAGAAAGAGACGCCGUUAUCUGAGACAUUUGAUUGGUUGGUCUCUUGCAAAUACAUGGAAUGCAAUUAUCGUAUUAUAUAUCUGGUAUUAUUCUGUAUUAUUCCUCUCUAUAUCAUGGCUAGACUAUACACUCACUGAAAAAUACCCUGGAUUCUGCAAAUCUGCCGCUGCUCCGCCGGACUCCGCGUCUGACUCCAGGUGCUUACUCUUACUCCUCCAGGAGUACUCUGUGCUUUUCUUUUAUGAACAAAUUUAUUCUACCGGAAGCCAAAUGCAAGAGUAAAUCUUCACUGUUCACCAUCCGUCCUGUCCUCAUGGUAGACAUGGACGGCAGUGCCGCCCUCGCGGCCACAGCGCUGAUCGCCCUUGGCUCUCUGCCUGCCCUGCGUCGUCUUGUCUCCGCCCGCUGGACCCUGCGCAAACCUGCGCCCGCCAUCUACGAGGAUGUCGACGGCGUCGCCUCCCUCGAGGCCAUGGCUGCCUACGCCCGCUUGUCCGGGCGGGUGUUUGUCGCUGCCUUUGUCUGCGUCCUGCUCGGAUUCGCUCUGUCGGUCGCAGGCGUUGUCGUGGCCGCGUUGACGCAGCAGCGCGAGAGCCUCGUUUUACCUGCCUGGUUUUUCCUCAUCCUACAACUCGUUGAUACCGCCCGUGAGAGAGAGUCGGUGGCCCGCUUCAACCGCGCCUGCGAACGUCGACUGGGGUCCCUUUCAUUCUCAAUGCCGUUCAGCUACCGGUCUUGGCCGGUCUGAUCGUCAGUCUGGGGCUUCUCCAGCGCCGCCCGGCCGUCUCCCACGCAGGCCGCGUCGUCGACGGCCAGGCAACGACCAGCCUGU